GUGUAGACAUGAAAACCUAAUUUAAUUAGUUCCUAUUUCCCUUUCUGUUGUCGUUGCGACUCAUUAAUCCCCUCAAGGCCACCGUGACCGUCGCGUCGUCGAUCCCCUCACGCUCUGAUUCCGGCAACCGACGUCACCGUCGCUCCUCGCCGCCGGCGGCAGUCGGUCCCUGCUGGUGUUUCUCUCCUCUGUUCGCAGAAUCGUCGAAUCGCAUAGCGGGUCCGUCGCUCCCUCUUCGUGCCAAUGGCUGGAAAACAGGGUGGCGGCGAGGACUUGUCGGUUAACCUAGCUGGAAUGUCGAAGAACCAGCUCUACGAUAUCGUGUCUCAGAUGAAGAGUCUGAUAGAACAGAACCAGCAACAGGCCAGGCAGAUCCUAAUUCAAAACCCUACGUUAACCAAAGCGCUUUUCCAGGCCCAAAUUAUGCUUGGAAUGGUGCAGGCUCCUCAAGUGGUUCCAAAAGUCCAGCCAAUGGUUUUGCAGAAUAAUCAGCAGCCAGCACAACCAACACAACAACCAAAUACUCAGCCUGCUCCAUUAUUGCCUGGGCAUGGUGGGGCACAGGACCAAACAGGUGUAUCUCAAACACAGAUUCCUCUGAGGAAACACCAUAACCAAUCUUCAGUGCCAGUUUCAUCUGCUGUUCCUGCAAUGAGUCAUCAAUCUCAGCCCAUUUCUGCACAUUCUUUGCCAAUGCCACAGCAGCCUAAAGGACAUCUUGCUCCCCAAGUGGCUCUUGCAUCUCUUCCACAAUCAUCACAACUUCCAAACAUACCUCCUCCUUCACUUCAUUCAUUGUCACAACCUCUUCAUCCUCCUCAAAUGCCGACUGCUUCCAGUCAGUUACAACAACCAUUGCAGUCACCUGGAUUUCCCCAUAUACCUAUGCAACAACCACUGGCACCGCAGAUUAGACCACCAUCUGCAGUGCCAACCUUCCAUCCCCAAUAUCCCCCACAAAUGGGUGCAAACUUAGGUUUUCAACAUGCUGGUGCAUCUCACAACCUUUCACAGUCCUUGUUUCAUCCAGGUUCAAAACCCCCUGCUAGUGUUGGAUCUGCUUUCCCACAGGGGCAGACACAACUUCCAAGUCAAAAAUCAUCUCAGCCACCUUAUCAGGUUGGGAAUAUGCCUUUAGGGCCUGAUUUUGGCAAUCAAGCUGGAAAUGCUAUGCAAGUAGACAGAGGGUCUUCUAUGAUACCUGGUCCGUCAGAUAACCUUGCACAUCUUUCUGGUCCUCCUGGACCUCCAUAUGGAGUUUCUGGUCCGAUGGGUGCUGCUAAUCAAGCUCUUCGACCUCCUGCGUUGACACCAGAGAUGGAGAAAGCUCUGCUUCAACAGGUCAUGAGCCUCACACCAGAGCAGAUAAAUCUCCUGCCUCCAGAGCAGAGAAAUCAAGUGCUGCAGCUACAGCAGAUGUUGCGUCAUUGAUGCAAUUCGCACCUUGAAAGUUAGGCAACCUUCGAUCCUUCCAGUUUGCCAGAGAUUAUUGUGUCAUAUAUCCAAACUGACUGGCUGCUAAGUUUUGUAGAAAUUAAUACAACUUCAUGUAACAAAUUAGAGAUCAUAGUAUUCUUUUCUUCUGGAAUUGAGCUCCAAUUAAAUAUCAGCCUGUUGGUGGGGCUAUUUGCAAAACUUCUCACCGUGUUCCGCAUUUAUUGUUAAUUUCACUUGCUCUGUUUUACCGGUUAUCUAAAUCUAUUAUGCAUGUCUAUCUGUAUAUAUACUAUAAAAUGAUGGAAGGAUUCGUAUUUUUCCUAGUGGAUGCA